AUGGACUUUAAUAAUUCUCAUAACCAAAGUUAUUGGUUUGUACUUCGAGAAGAUCAAAGUAAUGUAAUAUUUAGCAGUAAUCAUUUUACUAUUCAAAACCCUCAAAUUGCAGGUCCAGGGACAGGAUACAUUGUCGAUGCUCUUGAGAACAAGCAGUACAUACAAAUAAAUGAAGCUCCUGCCAAUUUAAAAAAUGAAACUGUAGAGCAAUGUGAAAAAGUGAUUUUAGAGCCAUCAAAAGAUGAUAACUUCUGGGAUAGAAAUAAAAUAAAAUUACUGCUCACACUGUGUCUCGAAGACAGAUUUAAGAUGGUGAAUAAAGAUAAAAUGUUAUGGAAUGAAAUAGCUGUCAUUGUGGGAACAUCACCAGAGGAAUGUGAUAAAAAAUUUAGGAAUCUAAGAAGAACCUAUAUCAGAUUAUUUAAAAAGAAAAGAUUAGGCAAGGAUAUAAAAUGGAUUCACUACAAUAUUUGUGAAGAAGUGUUUAAAGAUUGUAAAUCAUUGUCUCCAUCAAUACUUGAAUCUUGGGAAGAUAGCAAAAUUAGAAGAUUGCUUAAUUUGUAUUUAGAAAACAUAAACAAAUUUCGAAGUCGUGAUUGCUUACAAAAAGAUGUUUGGAAAGAUAUAGCUUCCCAAUUAAACACCACAGAGUAUAAUUGCUAUCAUAAGUUUAAAAAUUUAAAAAGAACUUAUUUCAAUUGGUUAGAAAGGAGCCAGGAAACUGGCAAGUUAAUUAAAUGGCCCUACCAGCACUACUUUGAGAGGAUAUUUUAUAACUACAAUCCUAAUGCUGGUCCUUGGGAUAGAAAUAAAAUAAAACAACUUAUAGAAGCAUAUGGCCAAAUAGCUCACAAAUUCAGGAACCCAAAGUUUCAAAAAAAAGAGCUUUGGAAAGAAAUUUCAAAUAUAAUUGGUGAAAGUCCAAGUAGCUGUGACAGAAAAUUUAGAAAUUUAAAACAAACAUACAUUAGAUUAAAAAUUAGAGCCGAAUCAGGAAGGUCCAUAACAAAGUGGUGUUAUUAUAAUGAUUUUGAAUCAAUAUAUGAAAGAAAUAGUUACCAUAGACAUGAUGACACCUCAAGCUUAGUGUAUAGAAGUCAAGAAGAGGAUUAUGUUAAGCAACUGUUAACAUUUUAUUCAGAAAAUAAGCAUAAAUUCAGGGAUCCACUUACCAAAAAUAAAAAAUUAUGGCGUCAGAUAGGUCCUAGAUUGGGCUUGACUCCAGAAGAAUGUGAUAAAAAAUUUAGAAAUUUAAAACAAACUUACAUUAGGCUAGCAGAGAGAAAGAAAGAAACUGGUAAAGGUAAUCAUUGGCCAUAUUUUACUUACUUUGAGCAAAUUUAUGACGAGCCUAGACUAAACAGGGAAUGUAGUCAUAGGUGUAGCAUUGAUAAUGUAACUCUGACAGAAAUAAAAAGAGUUGUCAAAGAUAUUCAUGAGAAGCAGGACAAUGAUAAAUUUGAAAAAUUAGUUCAAGUAAUCGAAGAUUCAAAUGUUAUUCAAAGAGAAAGGAACAAAAUACUCGAAGCACUUCUACACAAAAAAUCUCAUUUACCACAGACAUAA